AACAAUUAACGGGAUUACAUUACCAAAUUCAGACCAAAUAAUUUGAAAAAAAACCCAAAUAAAUAAAGUAAAAAUAAUAAUCUCCCCUCUCCAAUUUCAAAACCCAAUCCCUGCUCCAGCUAAUUAAUCAUGGAGCUCUCACUUGUUUACAGCCCCUCGCUCUCCUCGCUCUACAGUCCUAAACCCGUUUCCUUAUUUGCCAGGAAGCGCAGGUCGUCAGCAUUCUCGUGUCGCUGUUCCAAGGAUCAAGCGUGGCCUUCGGUUGCUCCUCCUCCUGCUCCGAUCGAAGGAAGGCGAUGGGUUUUGAGCUUUUUGUUUGCAUCUGCUGCUUCUGGUCUCAACAGUUGUGACCUUGCUGAUGCUGUUUCCACCAGUAGAAGAGCUCUACGAGGGGCGAAAAUUCCUGAGAGUGAAUUCACUGCCCUUCCAAAUGGCCUAAAGUACUAUGAUCUGAAAGUCGGAGGUGGGACUGAAGCUAAGAAGGGAUCGCGUGUUGCUAUACAUUAUGUUGCGAAGUGGAGGGGUAUCACGUUUAUGACAAGUAGGCAGGGGCUUGGUGUUGGUGGUGGAACGCCCUAUGGCUUUGACAUUGGGGAAUCAAAGAGAGGCAAUGUCCUCAAAGGAUUAGACUUGGGAGUGGAAGGAAUGAGAGUGGGUGGCCAGAGAUUAUUGAUAGUCCCUCCUGAGUUAGCUUAUGGAAGUAAAGGAGUUCAAGAAAUUCCUCCAAAUGCAACUAUCGAGUUGGAUGUUGAACUACUGUCAAUUAAACAAAGUCCAUUUGGGACUGGCGUUAAGAUUAUUGAAGGAUAGUGCUCUUAUCUUUAUUCACUAUGAGGACCCUGUAUAUUGAGAUGCUGCGCAGGUUUGUUCUUCCUGUAUAUCAAGGAUAUAAAUUUUAAAUUGUGGUGUACUGUAUUUUGUCAUUGAAAGCAGGGAUUUGUUUCUUACCAUAUAUAUAUAAUAUUGUUUUUCCAUUUUAUAUUUUUCAUUGGUUAUAAUUAUUACAGAUUUGAUAAAUGAUUUGUGCAUAUCUAAAAUGUAUAAGGGAGCCUUGUUGGACUUUGAUGAAUAUAAGUAUGACAUGUGACCUGAUGAGUA